AUGCUCUCUGCAUAUCACAGGCUCGAGUCCCACGCGCCAGGAAGUGAGAUCUUUCUAAGUCACAUAUCGACCUUUCCCCAACCAUCGCUGAUCAUUGACUUCACCUGGUUCCCCGGUGCCUCACCCCAGUACCCACCCCUCUACUGCUUCGUUGUAUCUGUUCGCGAGUGCCCCGUUAAACUCCUUGAUGUGUCAUCCGGUAGACUUAGAGUAUCCUACAAGAUCAUCGACCACCUAUACAUGCCAGCAAGUGAAAGAGUGCGCGUAAAGACGUCCCCUGAACGGAAGAGCCGUGAUGGGAUGAGAGGCAUCGUAUCCGCCCUCGCCUUCGCUCCUCUUCGCCACUGGCACUCUAUUGCCAAUGAAGACAUCGAAGAAACUCUCGAGCCUGUCAUGUACCUCGGAGAAAACGAAGGCGGGGGAGUUAUAUAUGGCGCUUUUGUGGGCCCGAUGGUCUGUACUAUUGGUUGGGGAAGUGCUGAGGAAGGAGGAACAGGAAGCUACGUAGGCAUCGGGUUCAAGGGCAAUAAAUAA